GAUGUGCAGGCAUCAGAGGCCAAGGAGAAAGAGAUGGACCCCCCAGACUCAGCCUCAAGGGUCUUCUGUGGCUGCUUCCUCAGCAUGGUGAACACUGAUGACGUCAAUGCCAUUAUCCUGGCCCAGAAGAACAUGACACUGAAAGGGAAGCUGGCCAGGCAGCACCUGGAGGCAUUCAGCCAUAUCCCAGAGGGUUCAUUCCUAGAAGAUGAAGACGAAGACCCCAUCCCGCCCAGUAUCACCACAACGAUUGCCACCUCCGAGCAGAGUACGGGUUCCUGUGACACCAGCCCAGACACUGUCUCACCGUCCCUCAGUCCUGGUUUUGAGGACCUGUCACACAUGCAAACUGGUUCUCCUGCCAUCAACGGCCACAGCCAGACAGAUGACGAGGAAGAGAUGCAUGGAGAAUAG